CUUCAUAAAAUUUCAAGUGCAAAACAAGUAUUUCUUUUCACAUUUACGAACCUAUUGCGAAAAAUAAUUAAGCAUGUGAUUGAUAAUAAUUCGUACAACGAACGUAAAAUGGAAUUGGAGCAAUUUCGCUGCAGACUUCAAGUGCUACGACAUUGUUUGACAUAUGUCAUAUUGUCGAUUAGCAAAUUGGUGAAUUGAUUUGGGGCAGAGGCUCAGAUAAGGAAAGGUCGCGUACAGGAGACACAAGCUAGUUUGCGAAUGUGGAGGACAAAAAAAUGAGGUGGUAAUUAUGCGGCUCAAAGGGAAAACUAAUUCUAAAUCGUUUCCUAGUGUCUAUAAAGUCCUCUCGCGUAUAUGUCGUGCUGUCGACAGAGGUCAACUCGAUGGCUUCAUGGCUGAAAAUACUGUAGGUUCAUUAAAGAACGAAAUAAAUACCAACAACAUGGGUUUUGCUACUGAACCAAUGAAUGAAACAGCAGAUAAUUCCAACACUGUCUAUGCUGUAGGUCAUUAUGCUCCCAAAGUAUUAAGGAAUUUGAAUACACAAAGGCUUAAGAAUCAAUUUAGCGAUGUGGGUCUAGUAGUUGGAAAUACAAUUAUUAGAGCCCACAGAUCUGUAUUGGCAGCAAGCAGUGCUUACUUCAAUGCUAUGUUUACUGGAGGACUGGUUGAAGAACAGCAAGAGCUUGUAGAAAUUCAUACUAUCUCUGAAAAUAUCCUGUCCAUUCUUGUAGAUUUCAUUUACACCGGGAAUGUUAAUAUAACUCAAGAAAAUGUUCAAGAGGUCUUUGCUGCAGCUGAUAUGUUGGAACUGGAUGAAGUAGUUUCUAGUUGUAUCUCUUACUUACAAGAACAACUACAUUAUUCUAAUGCCCUUGGAAUUUAUAGAUUUGCAGAAGCUCACAAUCGAGUGGACCUAUUGGAGACUGCCUUACGUUUUAUUGAAGUCAAUUUUCCUCAAGUUUCAAAAGAAGAGGAAUUUUUGGAUCUGCCAAAAGAGCAUUUAGUUCGUUUUAUUAGUAGCGAAAAUAUUCACAUCGACACGGAAUUUCAGGUCUUCCAAGCAGCAUACAAUUGGAUAAUGCAUGACAUACCCUCAAGACGUUGUUAUGUGUUUGAACUAUUUGGCCACAUAAGAUUACGAUUAUGCUCGAUGGCUCGCCUUGAUCGAGUAAUUUACGAAUGCAAUGACGGCAGUCUUAUAGUGGCCUUGACCUCCAUUCAAAAAGACUUGAUAACCAAUAAAGGAUGCCUUGUACCCUUGCGUGCACAACCUCGACUCUGCGCUAAGAAAAACAUUUUAGUGAUAGGAGGCUCUAAACGCGAGCAUUCGACAGACGGUUGGGUCAGACCAGCUGAAAGUACCUAUGAAACCAUAAACAAAUACGACACGUUCAACGACACGUGGAGUGAAGUAGCGCCUAUUGGAAUAGGCCGAAUACUGCCGGGUGUAGCGUUAUUGGACGGCAAAGUAUACGUAGUGGGCGGCGAACUAGAGUCUUGUAUAAUAGCAAAUGGCGAGUGUUACGAUCCUCGCGACAAUGUGUGGACUCCGAUAGCGUGCAUGAUUGAGCCGAGGUGUGAGUUUGGUUUUUGUGCCUUGGACAAUAGUCUAUAUGCAUUCGGAGGCUGGGUCGGCGAGGACAUCGGUGGUACCAUCGAAGUCUACGAUCCGAUAAAUAAUACCUGGACUCUCAGUGGGAAACUGCCCGAACCCCGAUUUAGUAUGGGUGUUAUUGCUUAUGAAGGACUGAUAUACAUUGUUGGAGGGUGCACACAUGACAGCAGACAUCGUCAGGAUGUGAUGAGUUACAAUCCAGUAACAAGAGAGUGGAAUAAUUUGGCAUCCAUGUUGACACCUCGAUCUCAAAUGGGAAUUGCUGUGCUCGAUGGCUACAUGUAUGUAGUCGGUGGAACCAAUAAAAAUCAAGAAGUCUUGUCUUCCGUGGAACGAUAUUCGUUCAAAGAGAAUACGUGGACCAUGGUUCCCCCAUUAAACGUUGGUCGUUCAUAUCCUGCCGUAGCGGCGGCUGAUGGCCGUUUAUAUGUAAUCGGCGGUGAUCAGCCGCAAGAAAUUAAUUUUUAUCGUACCCAAAUAACAAUAUCCACCGUUGAACGUUACGAUCCGCUUUCUUAUAAGUGGACAGAGUGUGCUCCUCUUCCGACGAGCAGAGGUGAGGCCGCUGCCGUUAUUGCUCCUUUUUGAAUUGGCAUUUAACUUUUCUUGUUUUCUUUUUAUCAUUUAAACAAAUGUACUUGACAAGCCUACUUACAUCUUCUUUUUUGUGGUGCAUUUAGUUUUAAAUUAAUUUUAAAAUGAAUCUUCGUUUUACUGCUUGUCACAGAUAUGGGCAUUUCAUUUUUCCAAUGGUUGUUCUGUACGUAUGUGCGGAUUAAUGAGUAAUUUUUGGUGUUGAUUGAUUAUUUUUUUAGAAUUGUCUGAUGGAUGAUAAUCUAAACAAUAUGAAAUGCUGAGUAUUUAAUCUAUUUUUCAACAAACCUAAAAAUAUUGUACACUAUUUUGACGUAAUUUGCCCAUUUCUGAUUAUUGUACGAUAGAGAAUUGUAUUCGUUAUGUAAAUAGAUUUUGCCGAAGUUAUGGAGAAAAACUGAUCUAACUGGUGAUAUCAAACUUUUAAAAACGUAUUGAAAUUUUUCACAGUAAAUACAAAUAAAACAUAGAUCUUGCGGUAAAAGUGUUCGCAUUAUAUUCGGAUAUCACGGGGAUUCGAUUUUUACAAAUGUCGUGCUUAAUUUGCUUUUAAUGAACUUAUUUUUACGUAUUUACACUGACGCAAUAUAUAUAUAUAUAUAUAUAUAUACUGAACUGACCGUUUAUCAAAGUUCAUAGGCAUUUAUAAUACUCUUAUCGUUGAAUAUCUACUCAUAAAUAGAUAAAUCGAGGGAAAAAAUAGAAUUGUAUUAACCAAAAUAGAAACAAACAAAAUAUGAAAUCAUACGACAUAGAAUCACUAUAUUAGCUUUUUCAAUAUUUCUUAUGUGCAAUAAUCAUAUCAAUUAAUUGUCCUCUUUUAUAUAUGUAUCCUUCUAUAAUGUAACGUCUUACUAAAAUAUCUUUGUUAUAGUCCUUAGUUAGCAUAUUUAAGUUAUCUUGAGAGGCUGUCACGAAAUUUUUAACAAUCUCUGCAAUGAUCAGUCCAAAAAAACGAAGCGCAGGCCAAUAUACACUUUUCAACGAGUAUAAUCCUUAAAUGUUCCUAAAUACUGUAAUACAUGACGCGAAGGUAGGAAUUCCAUGUUGUCCGAGUGAGUUCCUUGGCAGGAAUUGAUAAUAACGAAAAAUUGAGCAAUGUCGUCCGUUGUUAGUGAGAGACAUUUAAAAAACUUAAUUGUAAAUAAAGCACCAUUUUAUAGUUAAACGUCGAGUGCAAUUACCAAUUCAAAAAAAAACUCUUAACAAAAUGCUUAUGUAAACAAAAGAAGAUCCUGGAUAAAAAAUUCAUCAUUGCAGAGAUUUGCGAUUACAUAAUAUCUAUAUAAAUUGAGUGCCUAGUGACGCGAUAAAGAAAAUCUUGUUAUAAUAUUAUUGUUCUUGUAAUCAAUAUUUAUUACGUUUCCAGUCUAUAGAAAAAAGUAAAUAAAAAUAAAUGGUUUGACUGAAUAAAAAUAGUAGGAUUGAAGUCAAGAAUUAAGCUAUUUGAAAGAAAUAAUCAAACAUUAAAGAAAGCCCCUUUAAACGUCUAAUAUCUAUAUAUUCAUUUUGUGGGUGUAUAUUUAUAUAUAUACAUAUGCAUAUAUAUAUGUGUGUGUGUGUAUAUAUGUAUACUUCUUUGAAUGCAAUAACAAUUAAUACCAUCUAUUUUUAAUCCACAUUAAAGCAUCGGUACAGUUAGGUGAUCUCUGUAUCAUAAAUGUAUAAGUAAAUGGCCUUUUAUAUGUUUCAUAUAUAAUGAUUAGCUUGAACGUAACAAUAUAAAACCAGUAUUCAAAGCGAAUCUGCAGAUAUAUGAAUAAACAGUCUGAGGAACUCACGGAAUUGCUUUAAGCUCACUUUUGUAUAAUACAUAGCAAAUAAUAUUGUUAUUGUACAGCUUGAAGUUGUACUAACUUUUAAAUUUCUUUUACUUACGCCAAUCGUGGUUUAUCGUCGAUAUUAAUAGUGCGAAUUAAAAAUUCCAAAAAUCGAUGUCUGCAUGCGCGUUUUUUAUAAAAAGAACAGUCAGCAAAAAAGUAUCAGUAAAGCAAGCUUUCAUUACUAGUAUUAUCACAGGUUAUUCCCAUUGUGCAAAGAAUUUAAGCACAAUAUUGUCGAAGUAUACUUUAAUAGAUGAGCUAAUUUUAACGGGAUUAUCAAAAAUAGAUGACAAGUUGAAAGAAUUCCGAUAAUUAUCGGCUAUGUUCAUCAUUCGAUUAAAUCAUGAACUAUUGUGAAAUCUGUAAAAAAUAUUGGAAACCAAUCGAAAAAGACGUUUCGUCGUCUUUCAGUAUUAUGAAUAUUGACAUUCUUCCAACAUUUGUAUUCGGCUAUCAAAUAAUCGAUAUUAAUUAUGCUAAAUAAGAAUAAAGAAAACAAUGGACGUUAUAAAUUAAUUAAGAAUUCAAAAUGCAUUGUGAAUGGCCGAAUUUAUUAUGAGUUAUAUAUACACGCGUAUAUGAUGAUACGAAAUAAGAUUUGAAAAUGCAACUGCGAUAACACGAAUCGAAUAACACGAACGAGCAGAUGCAUAUUUUCUUUAUACGAGAUAGAAAAGAGACGGAGCUUUGUUUAUGAAGACAGUAAGGAUGUACCUUUUAUGUGCGAACUCACUUGAAACGUGAAGCCGCGUGUCUUAUUUAUGGAUAUUAAUCGGCGCAAGCGUUUAUAAUACUUAACUUAUAUGCUAAAUUUAAAUCUUAGUAU